AUGGACCCUCCGUUAUCAAAGAGAACGAACUCCAAGAGAUGGCCGUGCUCCUGGGCAAGGGCUUCCGGGUCACCAUCCCGAUGCCGUUGGGGGGAUUAGUUUAACCUACAAUCCAAAUCCCCAGAAAUAUAUGGUCAUGCAGUACCACUCUGUGGAGAAUGGAUUUAGGUUGCCCCUCCACGGCCUGCUCCGCGACCUCUGCCUCCAUUUUGGAUUUGCUCCGGGUCAAUUGACUGCCAACGCGCACAAUCUAUACCCCCACAAUCAUUUUCCCAUUUUUGAGAAGGUCGAGCUCAAGAUCGACAAAUGGGCGCUUAAAUACUUCGUCAUUGAAUUCCCGGCUCACAGCCCCAUCGACCUGCCGGGUGUUGUCCUCCGCCGUUCUAUUUCCCGGACGAAAUUCGCCCCAACAAACCUGGUGGAAGGGGUGUAUAAUGCUUUGAGGGAGAAGGAGGGUCUAAUUUCCCACCACUCUCUCCAAGAAGCUAAUCUAUACAAGAAGGCAGGGUUUUACUGCCUCCUGGGUCCUGACCCGAUUCCUUUUGAGGAGGUGCCUUCCCCCGAGAGAUCGAAGACUCCUUCUGCUGCAGAGUCCAACCCGGCUGCAAGUUCUUCUGAAGAUCGGCCCCAAGGUGGUUCCAAUACCUUAGUUGUGCGCAAUCCGGAUGCUGAUCUGAAUGCUGUUCCUAUCUCUGCCAUCCCUGGGCUUAGGAGGCCCACUCUGUCCCAGAAACGGCCACGGGAAGGUCUCUCCGAUGAUGAUUUUCUUCCCAAGAAAAACAAAGGUGAUGGGACUUCCGUUUUGCCCAGCCCCCUGUCCAACUCUUCUGGUACUCAGAAUACCACUCCUGCUGCUACAUCCGGGGUCCUGAAGUUAUCCCACCCGGAUAGACUUGACUGUGAGGAAGAAGAGCCUAGAGACCAGUCUGCGCUCAGAAAACCCGCAACGCAGCCUCAGACUGAGGCGUCCGGUUCCUCGCCACCCGCCGCAACCACUCCCCCCGCAACGAACGAAGAGGGGAUGAAGCAGAAAGAAUCGGAGCCCUCUCCUGCAACAGAGAGGGAGAUCGAGGCACAGACUGAAACAGACGUCUCCCACCCGGAGGAGAAUGAAGCUGGAGAGCAGAGAAAUGCUGGAGCCUCCUCAGAGAUGGAGAGAGAGAUUGAGAAUCAACCGGAGCAGAAGGAACAGGGUUCUACGGCCACACUCCCAGCCCCCAAUAUCCCCAUCCGGCGUAAGUUCACACCGCAAACUUACUCUGCUUUUACCGAGGGUUGGGAAGGCCUUUCCCGCGGUUUGAGAUCCCUACAGGCCUCCCGUUGGAAUAUCCAGGCGAACCUGGAGAGGAUGAGGGACUCGGUGCAGGGGCCCACAACUCUCCAGACUCGCCCCGACCUGCUUGCUCUCAAUGCCCUGCACUUUAUGGAGCAGGCCCAGCAAUCACUCCUCACUUUGACUGAGGAGUACCUGGGUGGAGCUUCAGGGAACUUCCGGGCUGCAAUGCUCCUGAGGGAGAGGGAUCUAGCUGCCAGGGCCUUGCAACAGAAAUUCAACUCCCUGGAACAGCAAGUCCGGAUCCUGCUAGAAGAGAAUUCUCGGCUCAAGCUAGAUGGCUCCACGGAGCUUGCAGCUGAGAGAUCCAAGGUCCAGUCCAUGCAAGAUCAGAUUGCUAAUUACCACAAGGAGACCCAAGAUCUGGAAGUGCAGUUUGGUAGGUUCUGGGCACAAAUCUCCCUCCUGGAAUCAAGGGUCUCGGCUUCAGAAGACCAGGUAGGAAGUUUGAAAGCUGAGCUGGUUGAGAGGGAAUCCCGGAUCUCUGAGCUAGAGAAUUCCCUCCAAGAGGCCAAGUAUGAGGGUUCACACCUUAACGAGCUUGCCCUAAAGCACAUGGAGGCGAGACGGCUUGACCUCGAGAAGUUGAAGGGAGAGAGGCAGGCCGCAAGUGAGCUCCGGGCAAAGGUGGAUGAACAAGAGAAGACGAUCGCUGCUCAUCAAGAGGAGGUGGCCACCCUGAUUGCCCGUGCCAAAGCCCUCUACGAAGAGGGACAAUUUGACAUGCAGCAAUGCAUCUACGGGGCAGUCCACAGUGGUCUCCCAGAGAACCGCACUCUGGAUGACUUCAUCUCCUACUAUGGGUUACCUCUCCCUCUUUCUCCCCCAGCUUCUCGUGCAGACCCGGGGCCUUGACUUUAUCCCUCCUUGUUGACUGUCAUAUUUUGCCUUGUAAUUAUUUGGAUUAUGGUAAAUUGAUAACAUCCGAUGUAUUUUUGUCCAUGUAGACUCCUUUAGUAAUCUGACUGUUCUCCUUUUGG